AUGUCGCAAACAUGGGAAAAACUAGUGCGACUGGUUAAACAAGUUGCUGGGUCACCGCUGGUUACUGCGCUGUUGAUUUUAAUGCAGUUUGCCCUCGGCACGGACAGGGGUCGUCACAUCAUCGCGCUCUGGUACCUGCGGCUGCUUUCCCUCCUGUUCCUGGUAUGGCUGCAUAGCUACAUUCUCAUUGCCUACGACGUCUUCUUGCCGCUAGUCAUCUACAAUCCCCUUUUACUAUCUCUUCUUGGUCUGAUAUGGAAACUUGCCCGCCGAAUAGAGUCGCUUCCGCUGGCACAGGCUGUGCGGCAGGUGCGUUCCGCGAUCCGUGCUCACGGACUACGGCUCUGGGUGGAAGCUCUGGUCUCUUGGGCUGAAACCGUUGGCGGCCUUGAGCUCGUCGUAACCGGAGACGACAUGCGAUCUGAUGAGUCUUGUAUUGUGCUGGCGAAUCAUAGGUCCUGGGUCGAUUCGCUCAUUAUCUUCUGCCUCGCCAUGAACGCCGGGCGUGCGGGCGACUUUCGCUUCCUGGGCAAACGGUCGCUGGCGUAUCUGCCGAUUAUUGGACUGGCGGCAAAGCUGACAGGCGGCGUCCUCUUCAUUAGUCGGAACUACGCUCGCGACGAGGCCAAGAUGCGGCGCACGUAUCGACAACUGACGCAGCGGCGAGCUCCGUUCUGGUUCACAAUCUUUCCCGAGGGGACGCGUCUCAACGCGGAAGAGAAGCUGAAACAAGCACAGGAUUUCUACCAUCGACUUUGCGCUGAUCACGCUGGAAACGUCGAUGCUAGUGCGAGUGCUAACAACGUCGACGCGCCGUCGCCAGACGGACCCGUGGUCGAGCCCCGCUUCUGCUUGGUGCCACGCGUCAAGGGCUUUCGUCAGGCGGUGCAAGGCUUACGCCCCGCGCUCGGUGCAGUGUACGAUUGCACCAUUUUCUACGAAAACCUUGCGCCAGGCGGCGCCGGUCGACCCGCACUGUGGCACCCGAAGCCAACCGCUGCGGAUCUGUUUCUGAGAGCGACGCGUUUUGCGCAGAAGCGACGGUUUCGCGUCCACGUUCAUGUCCGUAGAACGCCCAUUGAAGAGAUACCUGUCGACGAUCAGUCGAUUGCCCGUUGGCUUUUCAGGAAUUUCGCCGAAAAAGAACGCCUUCUUGAGCAGGCCUUUGCGGAAAAGCGCUUUCUCAGUGACCGCGUCGCGCGAUAUCAACCGGCUACUUGGGGAAAGCUUUUCACAGUCAUGAUGAAAAUCACUGUGAUCCAGCUUGCGCUCUGGUGGUUAUUGGUACAGGUCUAUAGAAUUUUCACUUGA